GAGGCGGGAGUAGCGGAACAACACAGAGCUAGCAGACUAACACAGAGGAGAAGAUGUCUCAUGUCGGGAAGAAAAGAAAAGUGGACAAAAGCGGACAGGACCGGCUUUACUUCGACAGCUACACCGAUGUGACGAUCCACGAGGAGAUGAUCGCGGAUCACGUGCGCACCAACACGUACCGGAUGGCGAUCCUCCGGAACAGUGAGUUGAUCCGGGGGAAGGUGGUCCUGGACGUGGGGGCCGGCACCGGCGUGCUCAGCAUGUUCUGUGUUCAGGCCGGAGCGAAGAAGGUGUUCGCGGUGGAGGCGUGUUCGAUCGCCGAACAGGCCGCGAACAUCGUCCAGCAGAACAACAUGGAGGACCGGAUAGAGGUGAUCCGGGGCACGGUGGAGACGGUGGACUUACCUGAGCAGGUGGAGGUGAUAGUCAGUGAGUGGAUGGGUUAUGCCCUCCUGCACGAGUCCAUGUUAAACUCGGUGCUGUUCGCGCGCGACAAGUGGUUAAAACCUGGAGGGUUAAUCCUGCCGAACAAAGCCGAGCUCUACAUCUCCCCCAUCAGCGACCCGGUGGUCGAGGACCGGCUGCAGUUCUGGUACACCGUGAAGGACCGCUACGGUGUGGACAUGUCCGGUAUGUACGGUUUCGCCCGGAAAUGCAUCAUGAACUCAGACAUCGCGAUGAACUCGGUGCACGUGGAGGACGUGCUGUCACAUCCGGCCCGCUUCGCUGAGCUGGACCUGAACACAGUCAGCGUGGACGAGCUGAGGUCAUUGAAGGGGAAGUUCAAGUGCGAGUCCUUCGGCUCUGCGGCCGUUAACGCCUUCUGCGUCCACUUCACGGUCACGUUCCCGUGUCCGGAUAAACCGCUGGUGCUGUCCACGUCCCCGUUCAAACCGGAGACACACUGGAAGCAGGCGGUGCUGUACCUGGACGACGCGGUGGAGGUGGUGCAGGACACGGCGGUGAGCGGCGAGGUGUGCAUGUACCCCUCGGAGGACAGCGGCAGACACAUCUGUAUCCACGUGGACUACACGAUCGGCGAGGAGAAGAGACAGUCCAAAUCGUUCUCCAUUCCGGACUGGAGCAGUGAAGGCCACACGCAGUGAGGCGUUCAAGGACACGGUCGAAACAGCAGAAACACGCUGAAAAAGUUCCUCUCAGCUGAUUCCUGCGCUCACCGUUUAAUGUCCGCUAACAGAUUGAAGAUGAACCAGAUGUUUGAUGUUUGACAACUCUUUGUUUUUGUUUCCUGUUUUUAUUUACACAGUGAAAGUGACGGGACGGUGAAGCUCUAACAAUGUGAAAUAAACGGUCAGAAUCUGAA